ACUCCAAGCUAUUACAAAUUCACCCUUACAAUCUCCAUCACCAUUACCCUUCUCAGGGCCGCAGUUUCUUUCUGUCUUUCUUCCCCUUCGCCACCCUUCUGGUUUAGUCCGAUUCUCCGUCCCCAUUUCAACUUGCAGAGAUAGUUGAUUUUUUUUGUUUCAAAUGGGUUGGAAAGCAGCUGAGAAGCUUAUUAGGCACUGGAAGGUUCUUAGAGGAGACAAUGUGAUGAUCAUAAGAGGCAAAGACAAGGGUGAGACCGGUAUCAUUAAGCGAGUCAUUCGCUCUCAGAAUCGUGUAAUUGUGGAGGGCAAAAAUCUGGUAAAGAAACAUAUCAAGCAAGGCCAAGGUCACGAAGGCGGGAUAUUUACUGUCGAAGCCCCUCUUCAUGCCUCAAAUGUCCAAGUUGUUGAUCCAGUAACAGGGAGGCCUUGUAAGGUUGGGGUUAAAUAUCUUGAGGAUGGAUCAAAAGUUAGAGUAGCAAGAGGCACAGGAGCAUCGGGAUCUAUAAUCCCUCGUCCUGAGAUUUUGAAGAUAAGGACUACCCCAAGACCUACCGUUGCUGGUCCAAAGGAUACUCCUCUGAAUCUCGUGUUGGAGAAGACGUAUGAUGCCAAAACAGGAAAGGGCAUGCCUGAACUUUGAGAGAACUAGUCUAAAUGUCAUUGCAGGUCAGAUGGAAAAUUUUGCAGAAAAAGAAAGAAAGAUGGGAGCCAUUUUAGUUGUCACAGUCUGGCGAAUGAUUUAGAAUCUCUUGCACUGAACUUCUGCUUCGAUUCGUAAUUUCGUUGGAAUAUUGUACAAACUAACAUGGCCGGAUUGCAAAUUUGCUAUAGGAAUGUGUUCUUAGAUUCAAGGCCAUGAGUUCUCUUACGAAAUACAACCAUAAUGCUGUUCUUGCAUCAAAUAAUAGUAUGUAGUCUUUUGGUUUUCUUAAUCCUGUGUUAAAUAAUGAUCCAGUAGGUGUGCAAAUUCAAUUUCUUCAACUCGAUUCUGGGGUGUU